CGUGGGCGACCGGAGUUUCUGGUCGCGCCCGUCUCGGCCGCCAUUCUAACGCGGCACGCGCCGAAGAAGUCAUGAAGCUGGAAGAGCAGAAGACUUGGGAGCAUUAUUUCCGACCCGCCGGAUUCCGGCGACCCCGCUCGUGCGACUUCUGCAAGCGGAUGCUGCGAGAUAGAGGCCAUCGAUGCGCAGAGUGCCUGUACUGUUGCCAUCCCGACUGCCGACCCAAGGUAAUCGCGCCCUGUUCGCCCUCCUCCGUUCGUAGUCAGAUCUCGAGCUCCUCCGACCAACUUUCGUCCUUCGGGGAUUCGCCCGAAGCUCGACCCUGGGCCAUGGAAGUGGCUUACCUGUCCGAUAGGAUCGUGCUGCUGUGGUUUCCGGAGACGGGAUCCAACGUCGUCCACGCCUCCGAUCUGAGAGAGCUGGCCCGGUCUCUCGACGCCAAACACGGAAACAAUUACAUGGUGUUCAAUCUGUCGGAGAGAAAGAACGACCUGACUUUAUUCGGAGCGCAGGUUCUGGAGUUCGGUUGGCCUCCGGGUCUGGCCCCUCCCCUGCAGCGACUGUGCGGUAUCUGCAAGGCCAUCGACACCUGGCUGGUGUCCGAUCCCAAGUCGGUGGUGGUUCUCCAUUCCAAGGGAGACAAGGGAAGACUGGGAACCGUAGUUUCGGCUUACCUGCGCUACACCGACAUUUGCUCGCCGAGCGAGUGGCCGCCCGACGCCACCGUCCGCAAGAAUUUCCAUGGAGAGAAGUUGCUUCCCCACAUGAGCUCCUCCCAGAAGAGAUACGUCCAUUACUUCUCGGGUCUGCUGUCGGGGUCCAUCAAGAUCAACAACGGCAGCGUCUUCCUGCGUCGAAUCGCGGUGCACGGAGUCCCCAGCUUCGAAGCCGGAGGAGGUUACAAGCCCUUCUUCAAGAUAUACCAGGGCAUGCAGCACGUCUUCACCACCGCCACUUUCUACGUGUCUCCCUCGGCUCGUAGGAUGACGGUGGACCUGGAGCCCAGUCUGCCUCUGUACGGGGACGUCCUGGUCAAGUGUUAUCACAGCGCUUCUCCUCCCGCCGGAAGAUCGCCCGUCUUCCGAGUCCAGUUCCACACCUGCACCCUGGAUUCCGAUCGACUGCUCUUCCGCAAGAACGAACUGGACGACGCCGACGGCGAUUUCAGGUUUCCCGCCGACGGAAGAGUGGAAUUGCACUUCUCCCGACAACCCGACGCCGGGUCCAGGGACGCCUCGGGCCUUCAGGUGCCUCGGUCGGACGGCGGUCGCGACCCGCUGUCCUCUUGGGACUCCUACGAGAACUUCGACUCCUUUCCCGACAAUCCGCCCAUCAUCAAGAAGGAGACUCAACUGGACGAGCUGCUGGACGACAUGAUACGCGAAAUCCACUCCAUCUCGGACUUGGGUCGCGGCCGACCCUUCUCCGAACUGAGCAAGAACCUGGACUACGGACGACCGCGACCCGUUUCCGCCGGUUUCCUUCCCACGGCGGUGGUCAGCGUCAACGGAAACAGACAAGUCCUGUCUUCUCCCGGGCGUCGGGCGGACGACGAAGAAGACAAACCUUACCACGCUCGUAAAAACUGCGCCCCUUUCAGUUACGGGGUCACUCCCGGAAGUCCCGUCCUGCAGCGGAAGUUUCUUCGCCCCGCCUCCCCCCCGGCCGCCGACCGGCGCUGGGAAACCGAGGUUUCGCCUUCUCGUCCUUCGCGGGAGGACUCGUCCGAGGAUCUCAGGUCGGAAGAUCCCGACUCCAGAAACUGGUUGCAGAAGCAGCAGGAGAAAUUGAAGGCCCGAAAAGAGGGAAAGAACUGGGAGGACAAACACCGACGGGAACGGAAGCUGAUGGACGAAUUCCGUUCCACCCGACACCGGAAAUCUCCCGAACGCCAGGACGAGUUUCCGCCGCCGGACUCCGACCGGAUCUUCAAGGACCUUCCCGUCAAGGACUACUCCACUCCGCUGCACGUCAACGUUUACGACGGACGGAUGUCUUCGCCCCCGUCCCGCACGGCCAAGCCGCCCAUCUGCAGGGGAUCCAGCGCCCCCUCCUCCCCUCUUCUACCGUCCCGCAGCAGCAGUCGAGAGGCCACCCGCAACAGGUACCAGCAGUGGCAGAGCGGAGGAAGUCCCCCGGUCAGACAGAAGUCGGACACUUGGACCGAUCGAGAACGACCCUUCGUCUCGGUCAAGAGAGCCCACCAGGCGGCCAAGGAAAGGGUGGCCGACGGCACCGCCUCUCCGCACCGCAUCGUCGGCUCGUCCCUGGUCUACCCGGAAGCGGAAGGUCUUUGGACGGAAGAGCCCAAACCCGAAAGAUCCUCCGUCAGCCCCACGUCCUCUCAAUUGGACGAGUUGGAGAGAUCGCUUCAGGCUCUGGCCGCCGAGGGUCCGGUGGGCGGUCCCUCCUCCCCCGUUCCUCGCGCCCACUCCACUCCUCUCAAGAACGUUCUGCUGGUGGAGGAAGUGUCCGGUCGGCCGCCGUCUUCCACCGGGGGAGGCACGCCCCCGGCCAGUCCUCCCGGAGGGGACCGUCCGGUCACGCCGUCCUUUCCCGUGCAUCCGAGCACACCCUACUUCCAUCAAGACAACGCCGCUUCCGGUUCCGGACGUCCUCCCAAGAGUCCUUCCCCCGUUAGAAAGGAAGCCACUCCUCGCACCUUACAUCGAAGUCUUCCGGACGUCACCGGGGGUCGUCUGUCUCCCGUCGGAGAUUCGCCCCGCAACCUGCGUUCCAGCGUCUCUUCCCUGACGGAGCCCACCGAAGUGCUGCAUCACCAUCCUCUGUUCGUCAAAGACACCUCCAAGUUCUGGUAUAAACCCGACAUCUCCCGAGAGGAAGCCAUCGCCAUUCUCAAGGACAAGCCUCCGGGCACCUUCGUGGUGCGCGACAGCAACUCUUUCCCGGGAGCCUUCGGACUGGCCCUGAAGGUGGCCACUCCGCCGCCCAACGUGCAGAACUCCGGAGGUGGGCGAAAGGCGGUUUCUCCCGGUGAUCCGACCGACUGGAUCUCAUCCUCUUUCUCUUCCGCAGGCGACGUCUCCAGCGAGUUGGUUCGACACUUCCUGAUAGAACCCACCUCCAAGGGCGUCAGGCUGAAAGGAUGCGCUAACGAACCCGUCUUCGGUAGUCUUUCGGCCCUGGUCUAUCAGCACUCCAUGACUCCCCUGGCGCUGCCCUGCAAGCUCAUCCUUCCCGAAUCCGAUCCGGCCGGAGACGUGGAAGAGUGGCAGCCCGGCGACGGGAGCGAUUCCACUUUUUGGACCCAAGGAGCGGCUUGCAACCUGCUGUACUUGGGAUCGGUGGACGUGGAGUCGCUGACGGGGUCGACGGCGGUGGACCGAGCCCUGACUCGAAUCCUCGACCGAAAGGAGCCGGCCAGAGCCGACGUCGUCCACUUCAAGGUGUCCGGAAAGGGAAUCACUCUCACAGAUAAUACCCGAAAGACCUUCUUCCGGCGCCAUUAUCCCCUGGCGGCAGUCAGCCACUGCGGAUUGGAUCCCAGAAACCGAAAGUGGAGUCAGGUGGAUCCGGAGAACGACGUCGACGUGGCUUCCGGGGCUUGUUUCGGCUUCGUGGCCAAGAAGAAGGCGGGGCUGAACGACAACCAGUGCCACCUGCUGGCCGAGUUGGAGAAGGAGCAACCGGCCUCGGCCAUCCUGGACUUCGUGCGCAAAGUGAUGAGCGAAAGCCGAUCGUCCAAGUCGGAGGCCAUGUAGACGCGCCGGUCCGGCAUCCGGGACGAACUAACCCCGUAUUAACGUAUUUAGUUUAUACGCCGAAGAACGGACGGGAAACUAACCGUCGGCGCCCGGGUAUUAACAGUUUGCGCGGAAUCGGCGUCUCUCUCUCGGCUUCUAGUCACUUCCGGUAGCGCCGGCGCCCUUCUUGGUCCGAAACCGGCCACGUUUCUCUCUUUUUAAAAAUAGUUUCCGUUUUACGGGGGCGGGAGAGGAGGUGGACGGGACCGGAAUCCAGCCAGAUGUAUCUAUCUUUUAGCAAUAAACCGUUUAAUACUGGUAGGUGUGGCGGUGGCAUCUCGGAUCCGCCCGCCCACGCGCUCCUUUCGGUCCUUCUUUGGUAGAUUUUCCUCUGUUGGAAAUCCAAUCCGGCACACCUGGUUCUUCCCAGCUACGGAGGUAAAAGUUAAGGAGUUUUUCGGAAAAAGCCGAACGAAAUUCGUCUUAAAAACGGGAAAGGCGGAAGGUAAAAAAGAAAAAAAUCGCCGUUCGAACGUCCUUAAGGAGGCGGGGAAGUCGGUGCCGGUAAAAGCCGCCGCCCGGUGCCAGACGAAACCGAAUUUCAAAGUGCCUGCUAAGAAGACUAUAUAAGACCUCGUUGGGCCUUACGUUACGUCGUCAUUUCCGGUUUAUAUGGUUUUUCCAAGAGCGCUUUUGUUUACGGGUUAGCAAACGGCCCGUUAGUUUCUUCGGGCCAAUGUAUCAGUUGUUUGCGUUAAAUUAACAAAGCCGGAAGCCGAGAAGAUAACAGAAAUGGUCGGGGUUAGAGGGAAAGGCCGCAUCCUGCGUAUUUAGUCCCGCGGCCAUUAUUUUCUAAGCCGGAUACGAAAUAUUUGAAGGCGACGGAUGGUAGAAGUUAGAAAAGAGUAAAUAGGACGGCGCUACUUUUGUCUUAACGUUUAUUUUAAAAAUAAAUAUUUCGGAAACAAAGACCGACCGUUUGGUCUUUGUCUCCGGAUUAAAGUUAAAGGUUUCAUGUACAAAUAAUUCUUAAAAGAUGGAAAUUGUUUUCGUUGCCGGUUUGCCAUUAAUUCCUGUUAUUUAUUUUUCCAUUAAAAAUAUUUAAAGAAUAAAGAACGUAUUUUAUUUUUUACGGUAGAGUAAUUAGGCGGCGCGGACGGAGUUAACGGGUUAAUUAACCAUUAAGCCGACGAUUAUAAGUAAGUAGACUACGGCCGAGACUAUCCUUCACCCCCUCCCGGCCAUUAAGUCAAGGCGCUUCUAUCGGUGGGGAGGAAGCCUUAUAACCGGGGUGAUCCGCAUUAACCACGCGUAGAAAUAAGGUAAUAUAAUUAGAGUUUACUUAAGUUACCAGCGGUGCGAUUCGAAAGUUAACGGCCGCCACCUUUCUAUUUAAAUUACGUUUCCGUACCGUUUCCCUUCUUCGGUACGCCCCGCCAUCGAAUUUAAAUUAAAUUAAUUAAUAAAAACUCGAAUAACUUUCCCCGCUUUUAGGAGAUUUUAUUUUAAAAGUAACGUUUGUAUAUUAUUAAUAAUCGAAAUAAAUAAAUAAAAUUGUACAGUACGUGGCGCCAUCCGUUGAAAGAUUUUGUUACGAAAACUAUAUAUUUUUAAUUAUUACAAAAUAGCGAAAGACUUAAUUUUGAGGGUAGAGACCAGGCUAAACGCUAACCGCCAGUAAAAACCUUGGUUUAGUCCGACGCCCGAUAUCACCGAAAUUUAAUAGCAUCCGCGCCAAAUUCGGUUUCUUUAUCUCGGCCCCGCCCCGAGAUAUUAAGCGAAAUACACGCGCCGUUACGUCAUUACCGCCGCGGGUAGCGCGUAGCGUUUUGCCCCCGCCCGUGGCGCUUUUCCCGUUACCCAUAGAGUGGCGCCGGUUACGUAUAUAGCUCGGUUGGGGAGGGAAUACUCCUAUCGAAACAACGCGAGUUCGUCCGGUCGUUUUAUCUUACGAUCUCCACUUCCGGUCUGGACUUUCGUCCGUCGAAUUCGUUUCUCGAGAUUAAGGACAGACGGACAGAUGGGUGGACAUUUAUAGGUCCGCGGCAAUUUUUUUCAAAUUUUUCUAUAAACGCAAUAUUUACCGGAACGCGCUUUAAUUCUGGUAUUUAUCGUAUUAUAAUAUCAUACUCGACUUCCGCCCGCCUUAUAAUAUGUAAAGGGCGCGCGGCGCGGCUAAUAUAAUCCGUAUUAAAUUCCCGUUACGUUUCCGGCCGGAUGGAAUUUGUUUUCGUUACGGUUAAACAGUUACCGGGAUCUUUAGGAACCGUCGGUAAAUUACCUAGCGCUAUUUUUGUACUUUCCCGCCCCUCCGUCCACUCCCUUUAACCCUACAAAGGUGGCGGCCCGCUAAUUUAAAAUUAAUGGCCCGCGCCGGACGAAUACUCGGGAUAAAAAGUUGUAUAGCGUAAAAAUGCCGAUUUAAAAAUUAUUUGGAAUUCGGGAAUUAAAUUUUAAAAGGCAACGCCGUUAUUAUCGUACGGAAUACGAAAGGCUUUCGUCCGGGACGACUGUAAGGGCAAAAGUAGAAAAGUAUUUAAAAUACAGUAUAUAACUACUAAAAUAUACGCCGAUUACGGCCGACUUUUACGUAAAAAUAAUUAUCCGUAUUUCGUUUUCUCGGCGAGAAUCUAUUUUUAAAUUCUCGUUCUAGUUCUUCGACUUUCUCCACUCCGUAAUUUCGGCUGGGAUAUAAACGCUUUUAUAAAUUCUGACCGGGCGCCGUCGGUCGUAAUUCCACCCGGUUUUAAUAGCCAGAGUUGGUUUUUUAUAAGGUUUCUUCGAAAUUUCUCCCGUACUAUUUCCUUUUAGCCCGACUAAUUUGUAAAUCUAAAAAUUCUUCGGUAACGUUUAAUGGCCAAUCGACGCCUGGAAUGAAAAUUGCCGGUCGAACCCUACCCGUUACGUCGGUGGAUUGGUCCCAACCCAUGGAAAUUCCAAAGUUCUUACUCGUUUCUUUAACGAUUCGUCCAUUCUUCCGGCUACCGUUGGCGAGGUUAAACUAUUAGCGAAAAGCUUCUUCCCAUCAGGACGUAUAAUUUCCACCGCUUUUUCCAUACAUUUCUUUAUAAACGUUCCGUCGGAAUAACGACCAAGAUUUUUUGCUAAUAGAUUACAAAUUUCGUAAUUGGCUAUUUGUUUUCGUUAAGGUUACGGCUUUUAUCGCUUGUUCCCCUUUCUGUUUUCUUGUCUACGGUAAAGUCUCCCGUAUUAUUAUACGGUAGAAUGGCGUUAGAACUAGAUGUUCGACUUUAGACUAAGUACCGCUCGUAUCGAAAUUGUCUACGCGGAAAGAAACAAAUUAUUGUUAGAUUAAAGUGAAAAACGACCGCUACCGCUGUACUUUUCUUAAUUUAAAAUUUUACCCUAUUACGCGGCCUAAAUUAUACGAGACUAACUAAAAGACUACGUCGUAUUUAAGAAAAGCCUGUUGUUUUCCUGUCGCCAUCGAAAUGUCCCAAGCCGCCCGUUUACUCGGAGACGUUUCUCUCAACUUCGGCUCGAUAUUUUCCGUCUUCGACUAACGAAAUAUGUCUAUUUUUGUAUUAAAUCUAAAGCUUAUCGUCUUCUUUUAUCAUCCGCAUCUUGUCUUUACCAACGAAUCCGCGACGGCCAAACCAAACCAAAACCCAACGAUGCUGGGCCGAAAUUUUUAAUUAUGUAAUGUAAUUUUAAUUUAAGAUAUACGCUCUCCGCCUCCAAUUAAUAGGGACUUUUCCCCGUAAAGCAUACUUUUCCUAUUAGCGAUAGAGUCGUGCCGGUCGUCUACCUAAUUCCUUUCGGGGGAAAAUUUUUGAAUCGAAUUAACGCCACUUCGUAAAUAGUUAAUCGGGGCCUCCCGCCUCUAGUUUAAUUAAGGAAGGACGGACGACGGUGGGAAUUUACGGAUCCGCAAAUUUUUCAAUAUUGCAUCCCGAAAAAACGAGUCGAUCGGGAAACGAAACCGAAACUGAAUGUAAAGUGAAAAUCUACACAAAAAA